GGGGGCACAAGCAGGGGCGGACUGACAACUCAUUUGGAAGCAGGGGCGGACUGACAACUCAUGGGGCCCCCGGGCAAUAGGGGAUUAUGGGGCCCCUGUGUCCUUGCCAAACUCAAAAAAGCCUAUGAAAAAGAUACCAGGGGCAUCUCAUGGGGCCCCCUACUGACCCCAGGCCCUCGGGCAGUGCCCGAGUUUCCAAAUGAGAGUGAAAGGAAAACCAGAAUUUUGGGUUGGCACCAGAGAAGGAAUAAAAGGACACUCUUCCAGUUGGGACACUGGUUGCGAUGCUUCUGGAGUCAAGCAGAACUUUUCUCACUUUGGAGGGAUUUCCUCUUACUUCCUGUUUUGGCUAUGUGACAGGAAGUGUAAGGAAAUCUCCCCACUGGGACA